CGAACAUCGAGGUGAAAGUGCAAGCUGCCAUUUUUUGAAAGAAGUCUUUUUGAUGAGUUAGGCGACCAAAGCCAAAGUGUGAGUUUCGCCGUUAGCGCUUCGUCGUUGGGUUUUUUAUGCUGGUGGGUUGACACGUAUUAAUCGGGCUUGUUACAGAAGUUCUGUGUAUCCAGAGUCUGUUUGGAGAGCAGGCUAGCACAGGGCUGCACUGCUCUGCAGAUGGCUGCUUAGCUCGGUUGGCUAACGUUAGCUGGUGCUGUAAACAAACACUGGACUGAGUGAAGAAGCAGCUGCUGAUAAAGGAGCUCAUCUUCAUCGCAGGCUUGCUUUAGCGGAUUUGGUCGAUAAUUCAGGAAGCUGUGAGCUAAGGUAACGUUUGGGAGGAGCGGGAAACAGUUUGAUGCUACUUGUCAGUAAGUUAGCAGCACAACUUCAGUUUUGAUGACAGUGCGAGUCUCUCCAAAAUAGCUCGGGGCUCAGUCGCGUUAACGCUGGUCGGAGUCGGUCCGGUCACAAGGGAAGCGCCCACUUACUCACCGGCAUGUCGUCCUUCUCUGAGUCCGCCCUGGAGAAGAAGCUGUCGGAGCUGAGCAGCUCGCAGCAGAGCGUCCAGACUCUGUCUCUGUGGAUCAUCCACCACCGCAAACACUCGGCCCUCAUCGUCAAAGUGUGGCACAGAGAGCUGAAAAAAGCUAAAAGCAGCAGGAAGCUGACAUUCCUGUAUCUGGCUAAUGAUGUCAUCCAGAACAGCAAGAAGAAAGGCCCCGAGUUCACCAAAGACUUUGAGUCUGUGCUCGUCGAUGCCUGCUCCCAUGUUGCCAGUGAUGCAGACGAGAACUGUAAAAAGCACAUGGAAAGACUGCUGAACAUCUGGAAGGAGAGGAACCUCUACAGAAGCGACUUCAUCCAGCAGCUCAAACUCGCCAUAGAAGACUCAAACAGCCCCAGGCCUUCAGAAGAAAAAAAGCCAGUGAAAAGAAGCUAUCAAAAGAUCCAGGAAGAUGAGGACGAUGAUGACAACGACUAUAGAAGCCACACUUCUCCUCGCAACGCAGAUUCCACGGCAACUCAGCUGACAGAGGAGCUGGUAAAAGCCCUGCAGGACUUAGAGAACGCUGCAUCAGGUGACGCAGCUGUUCGUCAGAAGAUUGCCUCGCUGCCGCAGGAAGUCCAGGAUGUUUCCCUGCUGGAGAAGAUCACAGACAAAGAAGCCGCAGACAAGCUCUCAAAAACUGUGGAUGAAGCCUGCUUGCUGCUGGCAGAAUAUAACGGGCGUCUGGCCGCAGAGCUGGAGGACCGGCGGCAGUUAGCACGUAUGCUCACUGAAUACAUCAGCAGCCAGAAGGAGGCACUCAUGGAGAGAGAGAAGAAACUGGAGGAGUAUAAGCAGAAACUGGCGAGAGUGACUCAGGUGAGGAAGGAGCUCAAGUCCCACAUCCAGAGUCUCCCUGACCUUUCGCUGCUGCCCAACGUAACUGGGGGUCUGGCCCCGCUCCCCUCAGCAGGCGACCUCUUCUCCACCGAUUGAGAACCCUUUGCCUCGACGAAGUCUCCCGUAUGCUCCUCCCCAGACAAUCUCAGCUCCACGUUGGAUUUACAGAAAUACUCCCAACUGUGUCUCCAGCCAGAGGACACGUGUGGUCAAUCCUCUUAACAGUCGCCACCCUACCUGCUAACUCAAACCUGCAGGACGAGGACGAGGAAGGCUUUUGGUAAAAUGAGAAUGCUCUGCAGAGGAGAAUAAAGACUCUGUCAGCCUGUUUAUUUUGUUAGUUUUUUUCCCCCGUACCCUCUCGAUCGUCAAGGAUUCCACUUCACCAGCUUGGAACAAGUUUCCUGUUGCUUUUAUUUUGUUUUAAAUGCUGGAAGUUUCAGUGAUUUAGGAAGAGGAGCUUAGACGUAAACCUGGUUAUCAGGACAUGUCAGUCGAAGCAUCUGGCUGUAAGUUAUAGUUCGGAUUCAGUGAGCAAAGGCUGUCUGUCCGCUCUCUUAAUUCCUAAAGGCUGUGGCUACACUGUGAAGAGGAUGUACCAUUCAUUAGGUUUACUUUUUGACUUUUAUUUGCUUGGUUUUUAUCGACAAAUUAGAGAGAUUGUUGAUUUACGGUGUGUAAGUGUGUGUUUGUAUAGUUAGAAAAAAUAUCAGGCCACUUCAGUAUGUGUUGCUUUUUUGGUUGUUUCACCGGACGCCACACACAGCGCUUUCAUUAAAGUAACACUUGGUAGAGUCUGAAAAAUGGGAUUUGUGGGAUACAAUCAUUCAGGCAGCAAUUUUAAAGACAAGGGACUUUUUAUUUUCCUGUAUGUAAGGAUUUUCCUUAUUUUGAUACAAAGGUGCACAAGGUUCAAAAGAACUGUUGUCAUGCUUUCAUUUGAAAUAUGAUGAAGCUCAUUAUGUUCGUUAGUGGAAAAGAGGCACAGUUUGAGUUUUGCUAAUGAAAUCCUGCACGUUUGAAAAAAGAUCAUCUAAAUGCUAAAACUAAAAAUACUAUUGCUGUAUCUUUUGAAAAGGUAAUUGAUAAGAAGGCAAAAAUAAAAAUAAAUGAAGACAUCAGGAGGAUUGAGCCGUUAUUAAAAGAAGUGUCAAGAUAAACGAGUCAGAAAACGACAUUUGCUGAUAUACUGAUCACAACAUGUUUGGAAAAGUUAAAUAAAAGGGUAGCGUAGUUGCAUUAAUUAGAUUAUAUGUUAUUGCGAAAUGAACUGACCAUUCUCUACUUUAGCAACAUUAAUAGACACAUUGGACUGAUCAAAAAUAAUUAUUAAAUAUUCCACAGUU